AUGCUCCGUCGAAAGCCUACAGCAAUCACGAUCACAUCCGAAGAUAUUGCAGCCUUUGAAGAAUCGCGGCUGCGUAAGCUCGAGGAAAACAAACGCCCAGAACAAGGGAAGAGCAGCUCCAAUGUCAACUUCGAUCCGAGCGAUGAAUUGAAACCUCUUCCUGGCGACAAGGCGCGGAUAGUUCGAUCCCGCGAGGAGAGAAUUGGCCUCGGUCGCCGUGGUUGA